GUUUGAAGAAGACUUUUAAUUGUUUGUUGAACCAAACAAAGACCACAGAAACACAGACCCAUCUUCCUUGAAACCACACACACUUUUCCACCCCCACCCAGUUGGCUUCUUAUGACUUUUUAGCACAACACGUUUUAGAUCUAAAUUUUGUUCAGAGUCUAACCAAUCAACAACAAAUUAGUGCUUCAUCUUUCUUGUGUGUUGAAUCCUAGCUCCUCUCUUGUUGUUUUUUCAUGGAUCACGCUUACCAAGCACUCGUUGCAGCCACCGCAAGCUUCUUCGUCGUGACCCUGAUCUUCGCUGUCUUGGUGAUUCUAUGUCGAAAACCCAAGAAACCCACACCCACAACAUCCGCCCAGCGCCCUGGACGAGUUCAUAACCCUGUCAAUAACAUGACCGAGCUAUCCUCGGUCACAGCCGAUGAGAGCGCUUCCUUCGACCCUAACCUCCGAAUCUCCAUGCAGGAGCUGAGGAAGGCCACCAAAGAUUUCUCCACAGACUUGAUCAUCGGUGACGGCAGCUUCGGCCUCGUCUACAAGGCACAGCUCUCCAGCGGCGUCACCGUCGCCAUAAAAAAACUCGACCCAGAUGCUUUCCAAGGUUUUCGUGAGUUUCGAGCUGAGAUGGAGACUUUAGGUAAGCUUCGACACCCAAACAUCGUCAAAAUUCUUGGCUGGUGCGUGUCCGGCAAUGAAAGGCUUCUCAUAUACGAGUUUGUUCAGAAAGGUAGUUUGGAUCAGUGGUUACAGCAAGAACAGGAUGUGCCCACUUUAUCUUGGGGGACUCGAGUUAAGAUUGUCAAGGGUGUGGCUAAAGGACUCUCUUUUUUGCAUAAUUUGGAAAAACCCAUUGUUCAUCGAGAUAUUAAGGCCAGCAAUGUGCUUAUAGACUCUGAUUUUGAGGCCCAUAUUGCUGAUUUUGGUCUCGCAAGGAGGAUCGACACCUCGAAUUCACAUGUGUCCACUCAAUUUGCAGGCACAAUGGGGUACAUGCCCCCUGAGUACAAAGAGGGCCUCACUGCAGCUACUCUCGAGGCUGAUGUUUACAGUUUUGGGAUCUUAAUGUUUGAAAUUGCUACUGGGAAACGACCCAAUUUGCCUACCCUUUUGGAUGGGAAAGAGGUUGGAUUAGUCCAAUGGGCAAGGAAAAUGCUGGCCCAAAAUCAGCAUAUGGAAAUGGUGGAUGCUAGUUUGUCGAGGGAGGAUGGCCUAAUAGAAGCCCAUGUGAAAGAGUAUUUUGAAAUUGCAGGUAUGUGUACUAGUGAGAUACGAAAAGAAAGGCCAGCUAUGGCUAAGAUUGUUGAAUUGUUAGAUCAAAUUCCUGUCUGAACUUGCAUUGCAACAAUGUUGUUAUUGUUAAACUUCUUUGUGGGAUGAGCUCACUUCAUGACAGGAAUGUAAAUAGCUUGUUGAGUAGGAAUGUUUAGUGUUAUUCUUAAAGCAGGGCUGUUAGUGAUGGACAGUGCAUAAGCCAAGUCCUUGAAAUGUUGUAAGAAUUCAUGGCUUGUUUAAGGCCAUCACAUUAUCCUUUUCGCUUAGAGGGCGUUGUAAUUGGUCUUUUGAGAAAGGGAAUUGCUCAAAAAAAAAAUCCUUCUUUGUUACACUUGUUUGUUAUGAUCAAAGUUAGUAAUAUAUGGAAUUCUUUGUUGUAAUC